CCCGACUAGCUUCAGCUAGCUAGUGUAAGAAGAAAACCGAUCCAGGGAAUUUUUACCAAACGAAACCAAAUCGAUUGAGCGUAACGGGGAAAAGGCGAUACUGUACUGCAGGAGGUUCACCUGCACCACUGCAACGACCAAAUGGCUACCGACAUGCCCAUGGAUACGGUGCCUGCUCCUCACCCUGCCCCUGGCCCCCCCUCAGACCCUGUCCCAGCCUCACCUCCUGCUCUCAGCUCCAGUGCAGCCCAAGACCAGAUUCCCACCCAGGAGCCAGCAAUAGCUGAAACCCCUCACACUGCAGUGACCUCAGAACACGAUGCUGCUCCAGAUCUCACUCCGGCUCAGCCUGCAGACCCAGAUGUGGCGCCAGGAGUUGUUCCAGGUUCUGAGCCCUCCCCGGCCCCUCCGCUGCAACCACCACCUCCACCAGCCAGCGCCAAGAACCCUAGCUGCAAGAUCAUGACCUUUUGGCCCACCAUGGAGGAGUUUAAAGACUUUGCCAAAUACAUUGCCUACAUGGAGAGCCAAGGAGCUCACCGUGCUGGCCUGGCAAAGGUGAUUCCUCCGGCGGGCUGGAAGCCGCGGAAAUCCUAUGACACCAUUGAGGACAUGGUGAUUCCAGCUCCCAUCAUGCAGGUGGUGACCGGUCAAUCAGGUCUGUUCACCCAGUACAACAUCCAAAAGAAGUCAAUGACUGUGGGAGAGUACCGCAAGCUGGCCAACAGCAAGAAGUACUGCACACCUCGUCACAAAGACUUUGAUGACCUAGAGAGGAAGUACUGGAAAAACUUGACAUUUGUGUCACCCAUUUAUGGUGCGGAUGUUAGUGGCUCCAUCUAUGAUGAGGACAUUCAAGAGUGGAACAUUGGCCAUCUCAACACGCUGCUGGAUAUGGUGGAGCAGGAGUGUGGCAUCGUUAUUGAGGGCGUCAAUACUCCGUAUCUGUAUUUUGGCAUGUGGAAGACCACAUUUGCCUGGCACACUGAGGACAUGGACCUCUACAGUAUCAACUACCUUCACUUUGGACAGUCCAAAUCCUGGUAUGCCGUCCCACCUGAGCACGGCAAGAGGCUGGAGAGGCUGGCACAAGGCUUCUUCCCUGGCAGUUCCCAAGGCUGUGACGCCUUCCUUCGCCACAAGAUGACACUGAUAUCUCCUUCCAUCCUGAAGAAAUACAGCAUUCCGUUUGACAGGAUAACUCAGAAUGAAGGGGAGUUUAUGAUCACCUUCCCUUAUGGUUACCAUGCCGGCUUCAACCAUGGCUUCAACUGUGCAGAGUCGACAAACUUUGCCACCUUGCGAUGGGUAGACUACGGCAAGAUGGCCACCCAGUGUACCUGUCGUAAGGACAUGGUGAAGAUCUCUAUGGAUGUGUUUGUGCGCUGCCUGCAGCCCGAUCGCUACGAGCUGUGGAAGCAGGGAAAAGACAGCAUGGUGUUAGACCAUCUUAAAGCCACUGAGCUCAGCAGCCCUGAACUAGAGCGCUGGAGGCAGCAUCGUGCCACCUUCCGAGAAAACCUCCUGCGAAGGGCCAUGCAGAAGAUGAAGCAGUUCCGUCGUCUAAAGCUGGAAGAAGUGAAGGUGCUGGCAGAGGAAGGCAUUGAGCUGAAUGCUGCUGAGUAUCAGCGUCAGGUGGAGGAGCGUGAGGCCCAGCGGAGGCAGGAGAGGGAGGAUCGUCUAGCCAGAGAGGCCAUGAUGACCCUGGAGGCCAUGGAGCGUGAGGAGCAGGAAGCUGCUGCUAAAGCAGCUGGGACUUCAGCUACAGAGGCACAAGAACUUGAGGCCAAACCGCAGAACUUGACAGAAGACGGUGAGAAAAAGAAGCAGAAAAAGCCAAAGAAGAUGUCAAAUAUCCACAACGCUAUCACUGGAUUUGAAGAAGCAUUUGAGCAAUUUGCUACAUCUGGCAUCAGGAAUUCAAAGAACGCCAUGGUCAGUCAUCCAGAGGCAAAGAGGCAGAGUGACAUCCCAGAAGACAACAAGCUGGAUGUGAGUGCCACCCAGGCAUGCUACUCCAAGAUGAAGAUGCCAACAGAAGUGAAAAAGAGUCGGCGUCACCCCCUCAGCAAACCACCUAUGCGCUCCCCCCUGUCCAUCGUCAAGCAAGACCCGACCAGUGACAAAGAGCUGUCCUCCCCCAUGCCUCUGGACAGCGACAUGAAGAAACAGGAGCACCUGUGGCAGAAUCACUCACCCAACUUCCUGGCAGAGAAGGCCUUCAAUGCUGCAGUGGCAGCACUCCAACCACACUGUGCUAUCUGUUCACUGUUCUGUCCCUACACAAAGCCACACAAAGAUAUCCCCAUUGCGAAUGACACCCCGCAUACCUCCCUUCCCCGUCAUGGCAGUAAGACUCGUCCUCUGGUCCCAGAGAUGUGCUUCAGCGUUGGGGCAGAAAACACUGAGCCUCCACCUACCAACUAUCACAUUGGAGAGGAUGGAACCAGUCUACUGCUUCGCUGUUCAUCUUGCCACAUGCAAGUCCAUGCCAGUUGUUACGGUGUAAAGCCAGACUCUGUCAGCGAUUCCUGGAUGUGCUCCAGGUGUGCAGCAGGAGCCUGGACAGUGGAGUGUUGUCUCUGCAAUUUGCGGGGAGGAGCUUUGAAGACUACUACAGAUAAUCGGUGGGUUCAUGUCAUCUGUGGCAUCGCUGUGGCUGAAGCUCGCUUUGUCAACGCCAUUGAAAGGGAGCCAGUCGACGUCACUGCUGUUCCAGAAACACGCAAGAAUCUGAAGUGUGUGUUCUGCCAUGGAAAGAAUGUCAAACAGAACCGUGGCGCCUGCAUCCAGUGCUCAUAUGAGAACUGUGCCACCUCCUUUCAUGUCACCUGCGCCCAAAUUGCCGGAGUAGUCAUGACACCUGCCGACUGGCCCUAUGUGGUGUCUGUCACCUGCCACAAGCAUAAAAGGGCCACUCCGAAGCCGCGGACAGCACCCAAAGGCCCCCAGGGACCAAAUCUGGGCCAGAGAGUGAUUGGUCGUAACAGUGAUGGCUGGUACUACCACUGUACCAUCAUCGGCAUGGCAACACAGACGUUCUACGAGGUCAACUUUGACGACGGCUCAUACUGUGACAAUCUGCACCCAGAAAACAUACUAAGUCAUGACUGCCUGCGUAGCGGCCCUCCUGAAGUAGGGGAGUUGAUCGUGGUCAGCACGCCCGAGGGUCAGGUCCUCAACGCUUCCUUCGUCAAACAGCACACUCACAAGUACUACCAGGUUGAGUUUCAAGACCAGAGUCAGCUGAUGCUAAAACACUCAGAGAUCCAUCAUCUGGACCAAGAACUGCCCAAGAGGGUCCGAGCCAGACUUGCCAUACCUGUUCCCCAGGAGGAGGUCCCCCCAGCAGAUGAAGCUCAAGCAGCUAAACGGCGCCGCCUGCCCUCCAGCUCGCCCCCCGAGACGCCCAUGGAAACAACCAAUCCGCCCACUUGCCCCCUAACUACAGCCACGGUAGAAGAACCAGCAGCAAAACAUGACAGUAUUUCUAUACCGCCAACCUCACAACCUCUGUCCCACCCCAGCAUGACCCCACAGGAUGCCUCCGCCCCGACCAAUGGUUUUCAGGCGGAUGCUGAGACCCCAAUGGACACAAGCGUCACCCUCACCGACGCUCUAACGGAGUCAUCCCUGGCCUCGGACCCCACGCUGACUCCACAGACGACACCUUUUCAGUCGACAUUGAACUCUGACCCCCUCCUGUCUGUCCCGUCCCCUCCCCCACCGACCCUGCACAUGUCCGAAAGCUACACGCCGAGCAGCGGCUACGUUUCCUACAUGGAGACCCUCCUCCAUUCACAUUUCCCUCAGGACGAUGGCCCUGGGCCCCUGUAUUAAGAAACAACUCCCCAUGUGUUAUUUCUUGGUCAAUUGAGGCUGAGCCAAUAGGAAGUAAGCUAAUGUAGGUGGAUUCUACUGAGUGCUGUAUUGAUGGACAAAAACAUAUUCCAAGCCGGCUCUGAGAGCUCAGCUCAGGGCAGGAGCAGGAAGAGACACACAAGCACUCUUAAUGCAUGUUACUUUUCUAUUUUUGAGUUAAUGUAUUUGCAGUGGUGCUUUAGCCUGCUCUGAAGCAGCAGCUAAAGAGGACAAGGCUUUUUAUUUUUAACGUUAUUGUUAUUAUUAUUAUUAUUAUUAUUAUUAUUAUUUGUUUUGGGGUUUUUUUUUGUCUUUUUGCUUUUUUGUUUUUGGUCAGCUGCUGUGCUUUUCUCCUUCAUCUUGAUAUGAAUACGUCUCUGGGUGGUAUCAACUCCAUACCUCGUUGCAUUAAUUCAGUAACAGCACACUCCCGUUUUCUUUCUACAGGAAGCUAAUUACUCUGACAGCCUCUCAGCAGUGAGGUGUCAGUGGACUUCAACUUUUUUUUUUUUUUUUUUUUUUUAAAUCAAGUAACCAGCAACAAAAUAUCUAUUUUUCAACCCAGCCACUUGUGGCUUCAAAACUGUUUGGUGGAAUGAAAAUGUCACACUGUCCAUCUACAGGAUAUUUUCAGAAAGGUGUUUUAUUGCCGGAUUGCAAGAGGUAAAUGGGGAAAGGGGGUUUAAAAAAAAAAAAGUAUUGUAGGGGGAACUCAGUAUUUAAAUGUCUUAGUCAAAUAUUGAAAGAAUUAUUUGUAAUAGAAGAAUCAUGUUGAAUGCAAACACUAGUAGAUUUGUCUGCAGGAUGCAUUACAUUUUUGUGAAGAUGUGUCACCGUAGUAAAUGUAUUGACGUCAUUGAAAUGGUCAUUUGGCGGCUCCACUUUUCACACCCAAAACUCUCAGGGUUCCUACAUGUGGAAAAUAAAUUGUGUUUUAACAUGCAAAUCUUGACACAGUUAAUGAAGUAGUCAGCAACCUGGAAAGUUGCCUCACAAUUGUCCUCAGUCAUAGUUGGCACAUGAAUAUCUGUUGCUUAUAUUGUCAUAUUUCCUCCCGUUAACAGUUUAUCUGCUAUACUGAGUGAUAUCUUUUUUUUUUUUUUUUUUUUUUUUUACUGUCACAUUAUCUCCUAUUAGCACAUGAACUAUCCAAAACUAAGAAAUCAAUUUAAAGAAUGAAAGUAUGGAAAAUGUCUGAUAUUUGGAAAAGGACAUUAUGUAGGAACCCUAAAAUAUGGAAAUAUUUUGUACCAUUAUUAGUUUAAAAUUCUAUGUAAUAAUCAAUAUUGUAUAUUGUUAAUGUUGUCUGUUUUUUCUAUUACUGUAUCCCUUUCUAUGUUCAUUUUCUGAAAUGAAUUCACAAACUAGGCCGAUCUAAAAAUAUUAAUACCUUUAUUUUUGACAGAUUUUUGCAGGCAUAUUACUCAGUUUGUACCGACAACUACAUGUUUUUCUUUUUUUUUUUUCUCUGGAUACGGCCAAUUUGUGCUACAGAGGUGCUACAGCGAUAUUAAACUACUGAUGGACUGAACUUCCCAACACUGUCACCUUGUACAUACCGCAGGCCUUGUGUAUUGUGAAUCAAAUUUGUAAAUGUUUCGCAUAUACCGUUUCCUUUUUUCUCCCUGUCAUCACAAAUGAAAUGUUGGAACACAGAUGUGUUCCUGUAUCCAAAUGACAUCCAUCAAGAAAUCUUAUUUCAUAGGGAUUAAAGUGGGUUGCUAGUU